AUGUUCAGACAAACCAUCGCAAAGAGAACCCUAGCUACUUUCAUCCCCAAGGAAACUAUCCUCCCCAAGAAAUACGGAGGCAGAAUGACCGUCACUUUACUACCAGGUGAUGGGGUAGGUAAAGAAAUCACCGACUCUGUCGUCUCCAUCUUCCAAGCAGAGAACGUCCCGAUCGAUUGGGAAACCGUCGACAUUUCACAAUUGGAUCACGAGGACGGAGUCAACGCUGCCGUCGAGUCCCUAAAGAGGAAUAAGAUUGGUUUGAAGGGGAUCUGGCAUACUUCCGCGGAUCAAGUCGGUCAUGGAUCUUUGAACGUCGCAUUCAGGAAACAAUUGGACAUUUAUGCAAAUGUAGCCUUUUGUAAAUCCAUCCCCGGUGUGAAGACAAAGAUUCCUAAUGUUGAUUUGGUCAUUAUUAGAGAAAACACAGAGGGUGAAUAUUCGGGUUUGGAACAUGAAUCCGUCCCAGGGGUGGUGGAAUCAUUGAAGAUUGUUACAAAGGUGAAUUCAGAAAGAAUCGCUAAGUUCGCUUUUGAUUUCGCAAUGAGACAUGAUAGGAAAAUGGUCACAGCGGUACAUAAGGCAAAUAUCAUGAAGUUGAGUGAUGGAUUAUUUAGAAAUACAGUGGCUCGUGUCGGGGAAGCUUACCCACAGAUUAAGAACGAUUCCAUCAUUGUCGAUAACGCUUCCAUGCAAGCUGUCGCCAAACCACAUCAAUUCGAUGUCAUGGUCACUCCAUCCAUGUAUGGGACGAUAUUGGGGAACAUUGGUGCCGCUUUAAUUGGUGGCCCAGGUUUGGUACCAGGUGUUAACUACGGGAGAGAAUAUGCUGUCUUUGAACCAGGUUCUAGACAUGUUGGUUUGGAUAUUAAGGGACAAAACGUUGCAAAUCCAACUGCAAUGAUAUUAUCUUCCACUUUACUAUUACAACAUUUAGGUUUGAAUGAUACCGCAUCAAGGAUCUCUAAGGCUGUCUAUGACGUUAUCAAAGAGGGUAAUGCCACUACAAAGGAUAUCGGUGGGAAUGCAUCCACCACAGAAUUUACAAAGGCUGUCAUCGACAAACUUUCAACCAUGUAA